UCAUCCAGUUUUUAGGUUGCCACUACAGCUGUAAAACUGCACACUGUGCAGUCUGCUGGGAAACUUUAAAAGCCUGGGCAAUGCAAACACCAUAGCCAGAUGUUAACUGGACUUUAAUGAGCUUAACGAGGUAUUGGUGUCUAUCCUUAUUAAUAAGGCAGCAAGAAGCACAUGGAUGACUUACCCACUGCAGAAUCCGUUAGUUCCUUUUAUCAAAGGUUUGUUAUCAAAGGAAGCCUGGCUGGAGCUGCUGUAUAUGUGGCAUAUGAUCAGGGGCUGCUGGGCAGUGGCACACAAGGUGCUGAAGCACUCAAAAAAGCUCAAGCAGCACUGCCUCCAGCUAUCCAGGAGUGGACGAGUUACCUAGGCUGGGAGCUCCCACCCACUCCAAAAUUUGACUUUUCCCUCUCUGAUUCCUGGAAUAAAGGAGUGCAGUCAGUCAUGUCUGCCUUGUCUGUAGCUCCCGCCAGGGCCUGUGAAUACACGGUGGAAGGCUGGAAGUAUGUGAAGGAUCUUGUCAAAUGAACACGUUCUCCAGGGUUCAUGAUUCUCUCUGUCCUGUGUUGUCUUUGAGAGGAUGCAGAGUCCGUCGCUCUGGAGGGCAGCUCAGCCGUGUAAGGGCUACAAUAAAAGACUUUGGAACUUCAA